CCCAAAACCAUUUACAAGAAGGGGGGACAAAGAUCCUUAUCGUACGCCUGGGUAGUGCUCACUCUGUUAACGUACACACACCUCCACUACCAGAACAAGAAAUGUUUUGAGACUGAUGAAAGAGAAGAAUAGCCCCACAAAGGGCCAGAACCAAACCCUAGCUCGUGCGUACCCAACUGAAUCUUACUGUUAAGGUACAUACACAACUUUCUUCUUUCCAAAUCUCUCUCUCUCUCCUCCCCCCCCUGUGUGUAUGUGUACUACAUGUUCACGAGAAGAAUGAGCUGAUUUGCGAUCGAAAGAUGCGAUUUCAAGUUGGCUUGGUUGUAGAUCUUUACUUGUUUCAGGGUUUUGGAGAUGGGUUUUGUGUUCUAAACAAGCUUCGACUCAGAUCUGGGUUUUGAGAUCUAAUAAAGAUAGUGAUUAGGGUUUUAUGGGAAAGAAAGAAAACCCACAUGGGUUUUGUUUGAUUUGCCGUCACAUGGUUGGCUGGGUUGGGGAUUGAGAUAAGGUUUUUUGGAUUCUAUCUGUUGGAAUUUGGGGCUUCUUCAUUGGAUCUCAAUCUAUAAUAUAUUAGAUAUUAGCUACCAAACAAAGUAAAGAACAAAAUAGAGAAGAACCUAAAGAGCUAUCUGGGUCUUAUCUUUACAUUUCUUUCUUGGUGGUGUAAUCUAAUCUCCCAAUUGAUUUUAGCCCAAUGUGAAGAAAGGAAGAGAGCUAGGUUGUUGCAUUCAAGAUUAACAGCUGGGUUUCCUCUAAUAGAGAGAAAAACAAGAGUUGUUGAAACAGUGAGAGUUUUGUUGAAGACAUGGCGAACCGGUGGUGGGCCGAGAAUGUGGCGAUGAACCCGAUGCGAAACACUGCAGACGACGAUGAUAAUGGUGGAUUGAAUCGGCUUGGAGGACCUACAAGAGAGCAAGAUUUCCUAGACAAUACAACCACCAGAGACAAUCUAAACCCUAGUUCCAGCAACCAAAACCCUCACGAAGACGAAGAAGAAAGCCGAGAAAACGACGGAGACCAAGCAGAAAACCCGACAGCCGGAGCACUUGGAUUUUCCAAACCGGGCACUUCUUCCGGCCGCCGACCCAAAGGCCGACCGGCCGGUUCAAAAAACAAACCCAAGCCUCCUAUCAUCAUCACCAAGGAAAGUCCCAACGCCCUUAGGAGCCACGUGUUGGAAAUCAGCAGCGGCAGCGACAUCGCCGAGAGAAUCGCCACCUUCUCGCAACGCCGCCACCACGGUGUCUCGGUGCUCAGCGGCAGCGGUGUUGUCACCAACGUAACGCUCCGCCAAGCGGCUGCCCCUGGCGGAGUGAUUACGCUCCACGGAAGGUUCGAGAUACUGUCAUUGUCGGGUUCGUUUCUGCCCGCUCCGUCCCCGCCCGGAGCCACCGUGUUGACGGUGUAUUUGGGGGGCGGGCAAGGGCAGGUGGUGGGAGGAAUUGUGGCGGGCGCUUUGGUUGCGGCAGGGCCUGUAAUUGUGAUUGCAGCUACGUUUUCAAAUGCGGUUUAUGAGCGGUUGCCGCUGGAGGAUGAGGAGGGAGGAGAGGGAGUAGGAAUGCAAUUGGAGCCAAAUUCAGGAGUGAAUAAUGCAGGAAGUAAUAGUAGUUCAGCAUCUCAAUCUCAUGGUUUGGCUGACCCGUCUUCUUCAAUGCCAUUGCCUGUAUACAAUGUUCCUCCUAGUCUCCUACCCAAUGAUCAGAUGCCUCAACAUGAUGUGUUUUGGGCUCCUCCUCCCCCUCCCCCUCCUUAUUGAGAGAGAGAGAGAAACAGAAACAUGGUUUUAAAUAUCUGUUGUUUGUUAUGUAUCGUAUCGGCUGAUUUGUAAUGGAAUUUUGAAAUUCUAAUACCGUUACUUACUGAUGUAUCAGUUGAUACUAUUAAUAUUGCCGAUGCUGAUAUGUAUUCUGAAACCGUUAUUUAAAAUCAUGAAGAGAGAGAGAGAGGAAUUGUUUGUUUUUGCAAUAAGUCAGAUUCGAGUUGAUGUAACCAUAGCAAGGUAUGACCUUUUUGGUAAUACCUGUACUCCUUGUGCAUCAUAGUUUCUCUUUAGCUAGGUUUUCUUGUUUGAUUCAUUUGUAAA